CCGUUUCCUCCCACGCAGCGGCUCACUCUGAAGGAGGUGUUUGAGGAUGGGAAGCCUCGGCUUGACGUCUUGAAGAGCCACUUGGUAAAGGAAGGGCGCCUGGAAGAGGACGCGGCGUUGAAGAUCAUCAACGAUGGGGCUGCCAUCCUGAGGCACGAGAAGACCAUGAUCGAAGUGGAGGCUCCCAUCACAGUGUGCGGUGACAUUCACGGGCAGUUUUUUGACCUGAUGAAGUUGUUUGAAGUCGGAGGAUCACCCAAUAACACCCGCUACCUCUUCCUGGGAGACUACGUGGACAGAGGCUACUUCAGUAUAGAGUGCGUGCUGUAUUUAUGGAGUUUAAAGAUAAAUCAUCCCAAAACAUUGUUCCUCCUUCGAGGGAAUCACGAGUGCAGGCACCUCACAGAAUACUUCACCUUUAAGCAGGAGUGUCGAAUCAAGUAUUCGGAGCGAGUGUACGAUGCGUGUAUGGAUACAUUUGACUGUCUUCCUCUUGCUGCCCUGUUAAACCAGCAGUUUCUGUGCGUUCAUGGAGGACUGUCUCCAGAAAUCACGUGUCUAGAUGACAUUAGGAAAUUAGACAGGUUUAAGGAGCCUCCAGCCUUUGGUCCCAUGUGUGACCUGCUCUGGUCCGACCCAUCAGAGGAUUACGGCAACGAGAAAACGCUGGAACAUUUCUCCCACAACACUGUUCGAGGCUGCUCCUAUUUCUACAGUUAUCCUGCAGUUUGUGAAUUUUUGCAGAACAAUAGUUUGUUAUCUGUAAUCCGAGCUCACGAAGCCCAGGACGCUGGGUACCGAAUGUACAGGAAGAGCCAGACGACAGGCUUUCCCUCGUUAAUCACAAUCUUCUCUGCACCAAACUACCUAGAUGUCUAUAACAACAAGGCUGCUGUACUGAAAUACGAAAACAAUGUCAUGAACAUCAGGCAGUUCAACUGUUCCCCUCAUCCCUACUGGCUUCCAAACUUCAUGGAUGUCUUCACAUGGUCUUUGCCUUUUGUAGGGGAAAAGGUCACAGAAAUGCUCGUUAACAUCCUCAACAUAUGCUCCGAUGAUGAGUUGAUUUCAGAUGGUGAUGAGACAUUGGAAGAUCACUACAUUUCAAGCUAUCAGAAAGGUGGGACAACAGUCCGUAAAGAGAUCAUCAGGAAUAAGAUCAGAGCCAUUGGGAAGAUGGCACGUGUCUUCUCGGUUCUUCGAGAGGAGAGCGAGAGCGUGCUGACUCUCAAGGGCCUGACUCCCACAGGUACCCUGCCCCUGGGAGUGCUCUCGGGGGGGAGGCAGACCCUCCAGACGGCCACAGUAGAAGCGGUAGAGGCACGGGAAGCCAUUCGUGGAUUUUCACCGCAGCACAAGAUCCGCAGCUUCGAAGAAGCCCGCGGGCUGGAUCGCAUUAACGAACGCAUGCCGCCGCGCAAAGAUUCGAUGCACUCGGACGGGCCGGUGAACUUGGUAACCUCAACAAACUCUGCGGACAAGAACGGCACAGGGAAGAAAGCCCAGUAA